CCACUCAUGGAGCUCCUCACCCUGUGCUGGGUGCUGCUGGCCGGCACCUUGCUCAGCACAUCGGCCGCCAGCAGCGCCCUGCACGACGGAGACCUCGGCCCCACCACGGUGCCGAUGGACAUGGCCCCCAACUCCUUUGAUGACCAAUACAAAGACUGCGAGAAUCAGAUGAAGACUAAGAUACAGAAGGUGAACCGUACGGAGAUCAAAAACAACAAGGACUAUGCAAACACCUGGAAGAAGGCAGCUGCAGAAUGGCAGAAGAUCUGCAAACAUCCUAAUGACUGCCCAAAGCUGAAAAUGGAUCAGGCCAUCGCCGUGGUGGCGUACAGUGCUGCAGAUGGGAUGUGCGAGAAGUUCAACGCAGACACACGUCAGGGCGGACUCUCCCACCAGCACUACAUGCAGUCGUAUCACUUCAAGACGCUGCACUUCCUCCUGACCCAGGCGCUGCAGGCUCUGCGAAAAUCCAAUCCCGACAAAUGUUACAAUGUCUACCGCGGUGUGCGGGGCAUCCGCUUCACAGCCAAAAAAGGCAAAGCUGUGCGCUUCGGCCAGUUCACCUCCGCCUCCCUAGACAAGGAGGUUGCGAACAUGUUUGGCAAGGACACUUUCUUUGAGAUCAAGACCUGCCAUGGUGUCUCCAUCAAUCCGUUGUCCUUCUUCCCCUCUGAGGAUGAAGUCCUCAUCCCACCCUUUGAAGUCUUUGAGGUCACCGACUUCUCCAUCGUCAAAGGCAGAAACCAAAUCAAACUCCUCUCUAAAGAGCCAAAGAGCAACCACAACUGUGAGCUUCUAAAGCCUCAGAGUGGGCAGUGGGGUCGGGGCCACCAGGAGGUGGGGCUGGGGCUCAGCCGUGGGCCACCUCUGCCCCCCCUGCCCUGCCCCAAACGUGCCAGAGGGGGAUGGGGGCACAGAGGGUGA